GCGUACAAAAGCACGCACGCGCUCGGAGCUGGACACUAACGUUCCGCAGUGGACCAAAGACACUUCACAGACGAUCAGGAAAACACGAAGAGAACCAGCAUGGCUCAAGAGCUGAACAUCGAGCGCGUGUCUCUGGAAUGUGAGUUUAAUAACAUGGACCAUCGCACGGAUCUGAACGGAGUGGACCGCCUCAUCGUCAGGAGAGGACAGGCGUUCACCAUCAGCCUGUACCUGAAACCAGGGAGCAGCUACGAGUCAGGAACCAGCAGCCUCACCUGUGUGGCAGAGACAGGUCCGGAGCCCUCAGAGGAGUAUGGGACCCGUGCAGUCUUUGGCCUGUCCCAGAACAUCAGCACCUCUGCUUGGAGUGCAGCUGUGACUAGUCCUCCAGGGGACAUGGUGGCACUGUCACUGUGUGCGUCUCCUCGGGCUCCUAUUGGACGGUACACUGUGAGGCUGGGCUCAUCUGUAGACAUCCAACUCAUCCUGCUCUUCAACCCCUGGUGCUCAGGAGAUGCUGUGUACAUGGAGAGAGAGGAGGAUCUGGCUGAGUACAUUUUGUCUCAGGACGGACUCAUUUACAGAGGCAGCUUCAAGUACCCCUACGGCACCCCCUGGAGCUACGGACAGUUUGAGAGUGGGAUCCUGGACGUGUGUCUCCAGAUCCUAGACAUGAAUCCCAAAUGUCUGAAGAACCCUGGGAAAGACCACUCAGGCCGGAGGAACCCCAUCUACGUGUGCAGAGUGCUCAGUGCCAUGGUGAACUGUAAUGAUGACAGGGGUGUGCUAUUUGGGAAAUGGCAAGGUGGCUUCGAUGGAGGAGAGAGUCCCAUGUUCUGGAAGAGCAGUGUGGACAUCCUGCGGCGCUGGGAGGCCAAUGCCUGUGCUCCGGUCAAAUACGGACAGUGCUGGGUGUUUGCUGCAGUCGCCUGUUCCGUGGCCCGAGCUCUGGGGAUCCCCUGCAGAGUCGUGACGAACUACCAGUCAGCUCACGACUCCAACGGCAACUUACUUAUCGAACGCUACGUUGAUGAGAACGGAGAGAGCAGAGGGAGAGGAGAGAUGGUCUGGAACUACCAUUGCUGGGUGGAGAGCUGGAUGACCCGCCCUGAUCUGAAAAAGCCCGAGUAUAAUGGCUGGCAGGCCUACGACCCAACGCCUCAGGAGAAGAGUGAAAAUGUGUAUUGCUGUGGUCCGGUCCCAGUGCGGGCUAUAAAGGAGGGGGAUCUCACAAUGAGGUACGAUGCCCCCUUCGUGUUUGCUGAGGUAAAUGCAGACCUGGUCACCUUCAUGAAGAAAGCAGACGGCACCCAGAAGAAGCUUAUCACCGAGACUCUGGUGGGUCAGAAGAUCAGCACCAAGAGAGUGGGGAGAGACGACCGUGAGGACAUCACACACCUGUACAAGUAUCCUGAAGGCUCACAGGAGGAGAGAGAAGUGUUUGAGAGAGCCGAGCAUCAGGCUAAGCUCAACAAGCGGCCGGAGGAGGGGUCGGGUCUGCAGCUGUCAAUUAAAGUGUCCGUGGACAUGAGGAAAGGCUGUGACUUUGAUGUUUUUGCGCUGGUGUCGAAUGGGACAGACUCGGUUAAGAUGUGUCGCCUGGUGUUUGGCUCCUGUGCUGUGUCCUACACCGGAGUCCUGGGAGCAAACUGCGGCUUCAAGGACCUGCUCAACGUGGAGCUGCAACCAGGGGGAGAGAGGAAGGUCCCACUGAGGCUGAACUACUCUAAGUAUGGCUCUGAGCUGACAGAGGACGGCCUGAUCCGACUCGCUGCUCUGCUCUACGACUACAGCACAGGGAACAUCCUGAUGGCCGCCAGGACCAUUGUCCUGACCAACCCUGAGAUCAAGGUCAAGAUCUUGGGCGAGCCAAAGGAAAACCGUAAACUGGCCGCAGAGAUCAGCCUGAAGAACCCUCUGCCUCAGCGUCUGGACAAAUGCUGCUUCAGCAUCGAAGGGGCCAAUCUCACAGGAGGGACCGUCAUAACUGAGAGCCUGGGACAGUCGGUGGAGCCGGGAGAAGAGGCUAAAGUGAAGAUUUACUUCACACCAUCGCGCUCCGGACUCAGGAAGCUCGUGGUGGAUUUCGACAGCAGCCAACUGUGUCACGUCAAAGGAUACAGGAACGUCAUUAUUGGGAAAUAGAAACAUCAGUGAAAUAAAUGGGAAAGAGUACAUGUGUAAGAGACUGUUACUGGCGCUAUAAUAUAGUAUGUUUUGUCGUGCCUUAGAGAUGGGGAAGUAGACUUGGGCAGGUGCCACAGUUGUUGUAUUAAAGGUCCUAUAUCGCAGAGUAUUGACUCUUGUGAACUUUAAACCAAGUUUGAAUGUUACUGCAUCAAAAACAGACCUGGUGUUUUGUUUGAUUCACAUAUGCUUAAAGGUUGUAUGGAGGAUUUUUUUUGUUUGUUUUUGUUUCAAGUUGUCAAUGAUAGCAUUAUAGAGGUGCAGUAGCCUUUGUAAUUAUGAUGACCAAAAAAAAGAGAAUAAAAAUUCAUCAACUCUGGACGUGGUGGGCCAGCUAACAUUUGCCAAUAGAUAACGACACUGCCUCGUAAUCUGUUAGCUGACAGGCUGUCAAUCAAUCUCCCUAAGUUUCUAGCGUAACUGACUUGCCUGCGCGCCGCCGGUACGUGGUUUACGUACGCCUGUCACGCAGACGCAAGCCGCACAGACGCUGUUUACUCCACCAACGCAACAGUUCUUAGCGGCUUUUUUUGACCUAUAUCUUCCUCGCAGUUAGCACAAAGUUUGUUGCAAUGGCGACAAGAAUCCAGGAGCAGUUAGCCGCAAAAGAAAGUCCGUUUUUGAGGUCGCUGAAAGAAGAAGACAAGGGGAAAAGCAGCGAAGCCAAACUAAGGUGAUUCUUGUAGAUUCAUUCCAGCGAUGGCGCGACUGAAGCAGACGCAUUGGUCGCCAAAUUACUCCUGGACAGGUCACUUCUGCUUAUUAUGAAAACGUACUUUAUUUCCAAGAGCUAGUCAAACGUUUUUCAGGACACGAAAGCGAUAUCCUAUGUCUGAAAACAUAAUUUUCAAGGCAAAGAAAGAGUCCGCUUGCUGCUGCGUGUUGUAGCUAGUUCAUUCGCACAGAAUCUCCGCGCAACCUUCUCUGCAUCCCUUUCCUCUCCCCGCUGCCCGAUCCGCUCUUUCCCCUGCUCCUCACUUCUACGGGCACGGAAUCUCCGCGCACCGCUCCCUCUCCUCUCUCCUCUCUCCUCUCCCUGCUCCGCUCUUCUCCCUGCUCCUCACUUCUCGUCCGUGAACGAAAUGUCCGCGCACCCGCUCCCCCCGCUCCUCACUUCUCCACCUUGCCUAACCAACACUGUAGUUAGUUGUUUACAAGUCAUGUGCAGCACCGGCUGUAAACAAACCUGUUUCUGGCGUAAAGAGGAGGCGGGAGAAGGCGUUUCUACGUAGGGAGCUGUAGGGGAGGGGGGGUGGUUUCACGCAUGCGCAACAUUUGAAAAAGGACAAACAGUCGCUGGAUUUCUCGUUCCUUGGAAAAUCCUCUAUACAACCUUUAAGUAAGCCUUUAUUAUUAUUCUGUCUAUUUCUCUUAAGCUCAAACUGUUCUGUUCCACCUUGUGAUGUCAUGAAGUGGUAGUUUUCAAGUUAACGGUUCCUUUUAUCAGUAAAGAUUGGCAAUUUCAGGGUUGAGAAGAUCCAGAUGAGUUUAGUGAAAAUGUAUGGAGUUUAAAAAUACAAUGGAGCACUUCCUGUAUUACCACAUGACAUCACAAGGUGGAACAGUUUUCUGUUGGAGAGAAGAACUGACUAAAUUCUGAACUGUCUAAUUCUGUCGGGUUUGUGUGUUAAACAUGUGCAUGAAACAAAACACAACUCCAGGUUGGUGAUGAGGGAACAACAUUGUAACAUAGAUCAGAAUAUCUAAUACCCUUAGAGGAUUAUUGCUUCAAACUCAUGUUGAUGUAGUUUUGUUUGAACUGUAACAGUUACACAGUUGCAGAAUCCCUCUACCUUUGUCAUUUAAAGGUCACAUAUGGUGCUUGAGCCUGUUGUAUGGUUAUAAUCCACGACCCCCAUGGAUCAUUAUGUUAUAAUGUACACAUUUUGAAUUGCAAUAUUAAUCUACAACAACUUAAUAAAAGAAAUAAUCCAUAGACUACCACGUUAGAAAACUGCUGUGCCCAGUGGGGACAAAAUGUAAAAGUAGAAAAAUUAAACAACUAAAUAUUUUCAGUCAAAUCUUAAAUUGAAUUAUGUUAAUUUAAAUUAGUAGUCUAACCUGUCAAUUUUCUUAAACAGUGAUACACAGUGUAAGAGAAUUUAAGUCAUUUAUCCUCCACGUGCAUGACUCACAGGAGCUGUAUGUACAUCAUCAUCUUCUCUUAGCAGAACAUUUGUACACUAUUAUCUAUAUUGUCUAUGGCAUAUUUCUGUCUAACCAGUGCAUACUGGCCUUCAGAGUCUCACCACACUUGCUUUAUAAAACUCCUCUUUAGAAGCUUAGUCAAGGGGCUUGAACACUCAAAGCUCAUACUAUGUUAACUUUUCAAGUCCCCCGGGCCAUAUUACUGAUGCUAAAUAAACUUCUCCAGCUUAAGACGUCCAGUUGGUCUCCAGCCUUUUACUUCCACCCUUUUUAGGACAAGCUGAAAAGUUCUACAACACACAGGAUUCGGCAGAUUGGCAUACUCACAUUUGUAUAUAUGAAAAGAAAUCCUGUGCUCUAAGUGUGAUGUGCAGCUCUCCACAGGAGGGGCCAACAGGAGGGCCCCACAGCGUGCGGCGCUUUGUUGUCAUGACAUUUACGGCCACAUCAGCUCCCAUUGGACACCACAGUUUUCUAACACACUUGUUUCUUUUAUUAAGUCAUUUUAGAUGAAUGUUGCUUUUUGAAAUAUCCACAGGUGUGAUCAUAACCAUAUUCAGAUUCAAGCACAAUAUGUCUUUAAAACUUUUUUAAACAGUGUACCAGUCUGUGUGGGUCCUGAAGCAGCUGUUGAAAACCGCUGACUGGCCGAUUCUUUGGUGCUAUUUUUUCUUUUGCUAAAACAAUGUGACAUUUAUACAUUUUAUCUGCAGUGUGUGAGAUAAAUGCCUUUUUGCACUAUAAGCGUUGCAAUAUUUCAUUUAACCAUUAAAGAACAUAUAGUCAA